AUGCUUUAUUUGAGCUGGAUAUUUCUUUGGAUUGUCUCCAGAGAGAGAAUUAAAAGUUUUAAUAUUUCAGGUUGCUCCACUAAAAAACUCAUUUGGACAUAUCAUGCGAGGAGUGAGGAGGAAUUUCUCUUAUUUUGUAAUUUGCCAGAACUACAAAAAUCACAUUUCUUCCACAGGAGUCAGCUAGCAUCAACACAAGUCCUGGAACACAUGUCCUGCAAUGGUAGUAAGGACCUGUCCAAUGUCCAAUGGUACCUACAACCUCAAAAUGGAGACCCAUUACAGGAAAUUUCUAAAGACCAUCUUCAAAUCAAAAGUGCUCUUCAUUUUUCCUCUAUAAGAAUGAGUGAUGCUGGGUUAUAUAUUUGUAGACCCAGGAUUAGGAACCCUCAGGAUGAUGCCUGUUGUAUCAACAUGGUCUUAGAAGUCAAGCCCAAGACAAAUACAUCCUGCUUGGACUCUGGACAUGAGCAAAAUCUUCUUCUAGGUAGCACUGAUUCAAUUUCUUGUCCCAGUCUCAAGUGUCAGAAUCUUACACAAAGCCCAGAAGUGACCUGGUACCAGGAUGGAAAACUACUCUCUGACAAAGGAAGCAACCCACUGAAAUUAGGUGAAAUUUAUACCCAUCACAAUGGCAUGUAUGUAUGUGAUUAUAUUCAGUCUGAUAAUACAAGUUCAUGGAUAGUCAGAGAUGUUGUUCAAGUAAGAACCAUUGUGAAAAAUACUAACUUCAAACCAGAUAUUCUGGUUCCUGACAAGGACACACUGGAAGUAGAACUUGGAAAGCCUUUAACUCUCAACUGCAAAGCACGAUUUGGCUUUGAAACCAACUUUACACCUGUGUUGAAAUGGUACCUCAACGAUGUUGACCAGAAAUGGUAAGUUCCCAUACCUGAGCAGAAAAGUAUCCUUUCCAAGACUUCUGCAUUAGAGAAUGACAUCAUUCAAUGUGUUCUCUCUUUGAAAGAAGUUACUAAGAGUGAUCUUCACAAUAAGUUCACUUGCUUUGUCAAAAACUCAAAGGGAAACGAUACCCGGUCAAUCCAGCUGAAAGAAAAGAAAGGAGUGUUUUUCACAUAUGUUCUACUUGGCACCGUCAUGGCCCUAGUGGGCAUGCUGACAGCAAGUACUCUCCUUUACAUGUACUGGAUUGAAAUUGUGCUUCUGUACAGAAACUACCAGAGCAAGGAUGAGACUCUUGGAGAUAAAAAGGAAUUUGAUGCUUUUGUGUCCUAUGCUAAAUGGAGCUCCUUGGAGAGUGAGGCCACUUCAUCUCUGAGUGAGGAAAAUCUGGCUCUGAAUCUGCUUCCUAAAGUUUUGGAAAACAAAUAUGGAUACACCUUGUGCUUGCUUGAAAGAGAUGUGGCCCCGGGAGGAGCAUAUGCAGAAGACAUUGUAAGAGUUAUUAAGAAAAGUAGAAGAGGAAUAUUUAUCUUGAGCCCCAACUACAUCAACGGACCUAGUGUCUUUGAACUACAAGCAGCAGUGAAUCUUGCCUUGAAUGAUCAAACGCUGAAGCUAAUUUUAAUUAAGUUCUGUUCCUUCAAAGAGCCAGAGUCUCUGCCUCAUCUUGUGAAAAAAGCUCUCGGUGUUUUGCCCACCGUCACCUGGAGAGGUUUAAAAUCAGUUCCUCUCAAUUCUAGGUUCUGGACACACAUGCGCUACCACAUGCCUGUGAAAAACUGUAAAGGAUUCAUGUGAAAUCAUCUCAGAAUUGUGUCAAGGAUAUUUGCACAAAAAGGGCUCAGUAUGUCAGAAACCACUAGGAGGAGCUCCCAGCCUAGGGAAUCAUGA